AUCUACGCCCACAAGUCUGCGAACUCUGCUGCCAAUGGAGAAGAGAUUUCAGCUCAACAAUGACUGACUCGGUUGGACUAUCUCCCUCACCUCGCUCUACCUAACCUCCUGCCUAUAUUGGACGUAGUGCAAUCUCACCUGCCCGAUUCACGUUACGUUCGUCAAACUCAAGAGAAAGACGGAGUCAUUGGAUGACAGUGGCUGUAGACACCCCAUGACACACCUUCUUACUGCUCCAUGAGAUUGAAGAUGACAGGAAGCAUUUCAUUUCCCUCCUCUACUUGGAGGUCUAGUCUUUUCGACACGAUUUUCACCGACGCAGGGCAUUGUAUUGGAAGGAGGAGACGCUAAUGACAGCUCAAGUACAGUGAUCGCCCAAAACUUCACAAUUCACAAGAAAAAGAACCACUUGGCCAAGUUUGGAGGAUGGCUGCCACUUCAUUCCAUAUCAAUCGGCGGCAAAAUCACCUCAAAUGGUCCAAAGCAGUUCCUCCUGCCUUGACGGUGGACUCGGGGGCUAUUGUGACCUUCGACACCAUCGACGGAAGCGGCGGCCAGAUCACGCAAAAUUCUACAGCUGAUGAUAUAGCAAAAUUCAGAGUAGAUCUCGCGGACCCAGUGUUUGGGCCGAUCUUCAUCAACGGAGCUGAGCCUGGCGAUGCCUUGGAGAUUGAAGUCCUAGACCUGGAAACCGCAGACUGGGGUUGGACGGCGAUUGUCCCCAGAUUUGGCCUACUCGCCGACGAAUUUCCAGACCCACGCCUCAAGAUCUGGGCACUAUCGAAAUUCGAGGACAAGCCAUAUGCUUUGUUUAGGGAAGGGAUCCGAAUUCCUACUCGACCGUUUCUGGGCGAAAUGGGUGUUGCUCCGGGUGCCGACGGCGAAUUUUCUACCAUACCACCCCUUGAGACCGGCGGCAACAUUGACUGCCGUCACCUUACGGUCGGUUCGAAGCUAUAUCUGCCUGUUCAGACGCAUGGUGCACUAUUCAGUUGCGGAGACGGUCACGCCGCCCAGGGAGACGGUGAAGUGUGUGGCUCUGCUAUCGAAACCCCAAUGCGCGCAACUCUUCGCUUUACAGUACGGAAGAACCACAACUGGGUGGCAUCCCCUCACUAUUUCUCUCCACCAUUGGUUUCCAUACCUGGUUUCGAGGAUUGUGGGUGCUAUGCAGCCCUGGGAAUCGAUUCAGACUUGCCUGAGGCUACGCGCAAAGCGGUUCGUGGCAUCAUCAAUUAUCUGACAGGAACCAAAAGUCUGACUCGCGUUGAAGCCUAUAUGCUUGCAAGUGUGGCGGUUGACUUGAAGCUGGCUGAGGUGGUGGACAUGCCCAACUUUGCCGUGUCAGCGAGUCUUCCGUUGAACAUCUUUCAGACCUCAUGAAAGAUGCUCACGGCGGAUCUAAGGACAAAGUGUACCCAUACCAUCCGAAUAAGGCUCUGGCUAGCACCAUUCCCAGAGUUCGCUUCUCACAUACGCGCUGAAUGCAAGAGAGGGCAAGUACUACGAUUGCACAGACCCACGGAAGAUCGAGUUGAGAGUUUCAUGCUUCUGCCUAAGUCAUGACACUUCCAUUUUCUCGACGUCGAUGACGACUAUGAUAAAGACCGUUGGGCUCGGUCCACACAGGCGCCGUGGUCGGGGCCAGCCCUCCGGCUGGUGGCCGAACAAUAGGGCAUGAUGGGGCUCUGAUAGGCACGCUAGGCCCAUAGUGGUUCCUAUCAGCCGCAGGCAUCCGGCCCCAAAGCUUGUCUAUUCUUAAGUCCGGGGGAUGAACGCCUGUUAUUCCCAGGCACAGCCAGAGCCUCCGAAGGCAUCUAAUCGCAUUCUGUACGAGCUCGGGCCUUCUCAAACAAUUCGUCAACCAAAGAAGUGAAGGAAUUACGCACGCAGAUCGGACAAUUGGGAUACUAAACACCGAGUACGGAGGCGUGCACCAAAUGUAGUUGCCGCGCUAAGAUCGAAUGACGAAGGAUCACAACCUGACAUGAGAUUUUCUUUUGCUCUAGGCAGCCUUAACUAAAG